CGCGACUCAUAGAAUGGUCAGAAAGGUUGGAGAGAUUAUACAAGACAAAAAUAUUGUUUUCCUGUAAUGCAGGCUUGUUCAAGUGUCUCUGGAGCUCAGUUGUCUCAGGAAAUCAACAAUGUGGACUGACUCCAACCAUUUAACAGAAUUUUGGGGGACUGCUGCAUAAGGACAUGGCUGGAUAUUUCCCCUCUGGAGCCCCUGAUAAACCACCAUCGCUGGACCACAAUAUGAAUAAUAAUAACCUCCCAAUCAAACAGAACCCCUCCCCAGGAGAGAAGGAGUGUGUAUUUUUUGUUUCAUCACCAUCUCCAGAGGCUAUCCCCUCGCCAAUUUCUGGAUCCCCCAUUUUACCCCACCACCCCAUCUCCCCACCACUGUUACAGAAAAUUCAGUCCGAGUCACCCCAGAGGUCCCCAAAGAUUCCCCACAAAGACUUAACUCCUCUCAUACAGGGUACAUCUCCUCCAAUGACAGUUCCUCUGAAAUCAAAUGAUAAACUGGUGGCCCCUUCUUCCAAUGGGGGUCAGAGAACCAAUCCAAAAAUACUAGAAAAACAGCAAGCUCUCAGCACAAACACUUCCAAAAAUGGGGAUGAUAGUAAAACUACACAGGGCAUUAGUUCUGUUAACAGAUCUCUAGGUGACUCUAAGGUUGUGGAAUCAUCAGAAAACAAGGUUGUGAAAAGACAGAAAAAUGUUUCCAUAGCAACUGAAAGCAAUGGAGAAGAAUCCACUAGAGAUGUAGGAACAGAUACUGCCACUGAUUCUGAUCGCAAACCUGACCUCUCUAUAUACAGAGUGAUGAGGGGUGUGAGCUUCUUUGAACCAGAAGAGGGAGAUAUUGACACAUCGUCUGUAGAAUUACGAAACAGCGGGCGACAGCGGGGCGAGCUACGACAUGCAAUGUCAGAGGUCCUGCCGAAUGAAGUUCGACUCCGUAAGCGCAGCCAGACAAUGGCUCAUGUCAAGGAGCAUGCCUAUGGCAGGCUUCAGGAGGAACUCUCCAAGGCCCAGGAGGAGCUGAAGCUGAAGGACGAGGAAUGUGAGAAGUUACUGAAGGUCAGAGACCAGAUGGGGGAAGAACUGGAGGAACUCACUGCAAGUCUGUUUGAGGAAGCCAACAACAUGGUACAGGACGCUAAUAUCAAGAGAAUGCACUCAGAGAAACUGCUGAGGGAAGCUCAUCAACAGAUUGAGGUCCUUCAGGCCGAGGUGGUAGCCUUGAAACAGCUGGUCCUCACCUCUACCCCUGCUUCCCCAAACAAGCACCUGCACCCCCAGAUAGCUACCACGAUGGCUGCUGAGAAGGAGAAGCCAAAGUCCAGCAAGCCAUUCUGGAAGACUCACCGUCGCUCCACUAGCCACCAUGAGUUUACGAAGGAGGCCAGACAAGAAGUGGAGGCCCAACAAGAGGCAAAGGCUGACCGAUGCAAAGAGACAGAAAAUGGUGACGGCACGAUUGACAGCACAAUUUACGAGGAGUUUGUCGAGUGGAGACAGAAGCCUUCCCUAGAGUUAUCUAAUGCCUUCCUGAACCGAAUGUAUGUUGAAGACAUAGGCCCCUGCCUGAACUUCUCUAAUGUAGCUCUGGCAGAAAAAGUGAAGAGUUGUGUGGCCAGCAAUAGUCUGACUAUAGAACCCAUUCCAGGUGAUAGUUCCUAUCCGAGGAAGUGUCGCUUGACAGAAAACAACAAAUUAUGUAACUACAAAAUAAAGCUGGGAGAGGACUCAGAAUGGUACUCUAUAUCUCAGCUCUGUAGGAAUAGGAUUGCAGCUGUUUGUGAUUUCUAUACAUACAUUCGAUACAUUAACCAAGGUUUAGUGAAAAGUGAAGACAAGGAUGCUUUUUAUGAAGUUGUGAGAUUAAGGAAGAAAAUGGCCCUGUCCAGACUUGGUUACUCCUAGUUUGUUAGUGAACACAUCAUAUGUUAGUGAUUUACAGGCCACAUUUAACAUGUUAGUGAUAUUUCACUUGCCAUUGUAUAGUUCUUACCAAGGAGACUUUCAGGUAUCAGUGCCAUCCAAUCCACACUCCUUUGUUUAGAAGGAGACACCUGUCACCGCAUGAGAGACAAAAAAUUAGAGAAAAGCUUUGUGAAAUCAUAUAUAACGUGGAAAAUGUUGUGUAACAUGAUUUCAUACACAAAUUAUAGUUUGUUUAUGUUGUCAUGAUCGUGGGAUUUUUGUUUAACAGAGAACCUACCUGGUUUCCAUUUGUCUUUUCAGGUAUAGUUUAGAUCAAAGUGCAAAUAAGCACACUUUUAUUGUGUACUUAUUUAGGUUAUAUUUUUGUCUUCUUUUGUUUUUUAAGUGCAGGAUUCUUUUGACUGUAUGCAUUACAGUUAACAGUUAUUAGAAUUUUAACAUGUACAAGUCCAAAUGCAACCUUUUUCUUCCACUGGUAGGUUCAAAGCAGUAGAGUCACAGUUCCGUCAUAGACUUCUGUUUUCAGUCUUUCCAAGAAUAACUUGGUUGGCAGUUUUUGCUAGGAAAAAAAUGUAUCCUGUUGUUGAACGCCUCAUAUUUUUCUUAAUUUGAGACUUGUAGCCCAAAAUUGAUUAUCAUUAAUCAUAAGAAUUCUUGUUUAUAGCAAUCACAAUCACACAAAAAUGGUUAAUCAAACUAUAUGUUUACUUGGAGUAGCCCACCAGAACAAUACAUAAAUUUUAUAUAUUGCAGAUAUUUAUUAUAAAUGAUUCAGAUGACUUAGAGGGAUGAAUGGUGAUAUCUUACAUUGUAAGCAUGUAAAGUUUUUUAAUGUACAUGUACAAGAGUUGUGUAUACUGUAUAUAGAAUUGUAUAUAUGUAUAUUAUUUUAAAAUAUUGUUGAAUGAAAAUAUAUGAAGAUGUUAUUGAAAAAAUAAUGGUACUAAUGAAAGUGAUGUAUAUUUUCAUUGUACAGAUUCACUGGAGAAAAUAUUUUCAGUUAAAAAUCAUUGCUUUAAACAUUACACUCUCUUUCCUGUGUGUUGUUCUGAUUUGCUUUAGUUUUGAAUUUCCAAACAUGUGCCAAACCAGCUCUCUAAACCAUGGGAAAUAUGCACUGUUAAAUUAACUAUAUCAACAUGUUAAAAUUGCAUUUGAAAAGGGUAUUGUUUAAUAGUAUUGUUUAUUAUCUGCAUAUGAAGUUAUAAGAUUCUAACAAAAAUGUUAUUAUAUUUUGUUGUUAGAAAUAUAUAUAUAUUUAUCUACAAUUCAUAACUGUUGAUGCAAUUUUAUAAUAGCUGUGUUUUUGUGCAAUAUGUGGUACAUAAUUAUGUAAU